AUGCUCCGCGCCGUGCUGCCGCUUCGACCCCGCGGCUGGUCCCGCCUGCGGGCCGCCCCGGGGCUGCUGUUGGGCUGCGGCCGGGCUCUGCGGGCUGCCGCGCCGCCGGGCGCUCGGGGGCUGCGCUGGACUGGUAACCUCUACCGGCGUUUCACUACGGAAGCCUCUCAAGCCACUUUAGCCAGCGUAUCUCCUGUGUUUGCAGUGAUGAAGCUUGACAAAGAGGGGAAUGCUACCUUUUUUGAGAAAAAGAAGACAGAAUUGUACCAGGAACUGGGUCUUCAAGCUCGAGAUCUAAGAUUUCAGCACCUUAUGAGCAUCGCAACUAGGAACAACAGGAUCAUCAUGAGAAUGGAGUUCUUGAAGGCUGUCAUAACACCGGAGUUUCUUCUGGUACUAGAUUAUCGUAACUUAAAUCUGGAGCAAUGGCUCUUCAAUGAACUGACAUCUCAGCUGUCUGGGGAAGGUCAACUAGUUACAUAUUCUCUGCCCUUUGAAUUCCGAGCCAUAGAAGCAAUACUGCAGUACCGGAUCAGCAGACUGCAAGGGAGACUUAAUACUUUGCAGCCUCAGAUCCUUGAGACACUGGAAGCUCUAGUGGAUCCCAAGCUUUUGUCUGUGGAUAGGAGUAAACUCCACAUUCUCCUGCAAAAUGGCAAGAGCUUAUCAGAACUGGAAACAGACCUUAAGGUUUUCAAAGAAACAAUUCUGGAGAUCUUAGAUGAAGAAGAAUUAAUUGAAGAGCUCUGUCUGUCUAAAUGGACUGAUCCACAAGUAUUUGAGGAGAGCACAUCUGGGAUUGACCAUGCAGAAGAAAUGGAGUUGCUGCUGGAGAACUAUUACAGGCAGGCAGAAGAUCUUGCAAAUGAAGCUCGUGAGCUCAGAGUACUGAUUGAUGAUUCAGAAAGUAUAAUAUUUAUCAACCUGGACAGCCACCGUAAUGUGAUGAUGAGACUGAAUUUGCAGCUGACAAUGGGGACUUUCUCUCUUUCACUCUUCGGACUCAUAGGAGUUGCAUUUGGUAUGAACUUGGAGUCAUCUCUUGAAGAGGACCCCAGAAUCUUUUGGCUGGUGACUGGGAUUAUGUUCCUGGGAAGUGGCCUGAUAUGGCGGCGUUUGCUUUCCUUCCUCGGGCGGCACCUGGAACCUUCAUUACCUCCUCAUGUUCCUGCAGUUUUGAAAAAAUCCCAACCAGCAGCUCGAAGAGUGGAGAUAAAGAACAGCCUUAAAGCAGAAACUUUUGGACUGAGCAGAAGCACACUGGCAAACCAAUAGGAACGGCAGGAAUGAGGAGAUACUUAUUGUUACAGUGUAAACUUUGGACACUUUCAUUUGUUCUUCCUUCCUGAAAAUGUUAAGAAUUUAUAAACUUGCUAAUUUAAUACAUAUUUUGUGCCAAAAACAUAUGGUGAUAUUUUAAUGCUCACAUAAAAGGAGGGAAACUGAAGGGAAAACAGUGACAGGCUUUUCACAGCAGUCUCGCCUCCACCCCAUGUAUGUUCUGUGAGAUUUCUGUAUCACGUACUUAUUUCAAGCUUCUUUCCAACACUUCUUCAUGUAGCAGGUUUUCAUAAAGAGCAGCAUCCUCAGCUUAAGGAUGACAGCAGUCAGCAUUCAUCAGUAGUGGUUCUCUGGUUCUGAGCUGCAAGUUUAGGAAUCUGCCUUCAACUACCAAAGAAAAAUCUACCCUCAAAGUGUCCUUUUUAUUUAUUUAUUUUUUAAAGCUUUGCUGAAUGAAUGGAUUUUUCAGAAGCCAAAAGCACGUGUGCAUCUCUUUGUAAAGCACUACUUCAAAUUUGACAGUAGCCAGAAAUAAUGCAGCUUAUCUUAAGUGAGCUUUGAAACGUGACUUACUGCGGGUAUUACUGAACAGUUUAAGUUCAAACUGUAUGCACUCUUAAUAACUUGAAAAGCAGGUCCAUGAAUGAUGUGUAAUGCAGUUGUUAUCUGCUGCAUGAACGUAGCAUGUGUCCUGUGCUGGACUAAAAGAAAGUAAAAUUCUUAUUGUCACUAUUUGUGUUUUUUCUUAGGAUUCAUCUUUGAGUCCUCUGGGGACGUGUCUCUCUACUGGCUUGUUUCAGUCUGUAGAGGAAGUAAAAACAUCUUUCCAAAUCAGGUUGCUAAUUGUCUAGGGUUUUGUAUGGGCUUUUUGAACUUCAGUAACAUAUAAGGAAGAAAAAGCAGGAUUCAGGCCUCUCUCAGUUUCCUUCUGCAUAUAGAGCAAUUUCUCAUGUAAUCAUAGGCUGUUUUGUAUCUUGCUUGUAUAAUACAAGCUAGUAUGUAUACAAGCUUGUACACAUACUGUACAAGCUAAUACAAUGUGUUGACUCCUUUUCCUGUGCAUAACUACUUACUGCAUAAUCAAAGCACUGACUGACUGCUGUCUUCUUUAUGGACAUAUACAAACUUCUAGUGGUUUUCAUACCAUUCAAGUAACUAAAAUGCAUUAAUGUGCAAUAAAAUUACUCUGAGGUCACACACAGAAAAAAUAAAGCCAGGAGAAUAUAUUGGCUCCAGAAUAUAUUUGUAUCAGCAGUUUUUGUUUAUAAAAGAAGAAGAAAAAAAAAUCUGCCCUUAUGAACACAUGGCUUGUUUUGCCUCAUAGCACUAGCCCUAGAUUUGGUAGAUAAGUAUUGUGUUCAGUGCUUCCUGUUCCAUCCAGUUACUGCUUCCAUGAAGUGCAGAUUUUGAAGUAACUCAGUGGCGUAGUUAUUUUUCCUAUUUGGGCAAUAAGGUCCCCAAAAUAGAUGUCAGAACACAUCAAGCUUAUGUUUGCCUUGUCAUCUUUUUUUUUUUUUUUAAGAGAACCUUCCAGAGAGAGAAUUCUUUAGAACACACAAGUUGAGAUGUGUUAUGCUUAAGUAUGGCCUGUAGAAAUCUGUGCUAUUCCACUGACUUGUGUUACCAGAAAUAAUACCUUGUGUUUGUCAAGGAGACAAGGAAGAGAAAAUGGAGAUACACGUGUAUCUGUGGAUUGUUGUUACUAAUAGCAUAACAUAUUGGUGCUCUGGUUUUUUAAUAGAUGAUGCACACUGUUAACCUGCACUGGACAAUGUUAAUGUCAGCUGAAGGCAAUACUGUUAACAAUAAAAGCACAAUUCUAAGUUA